UAACCGGAAAAGAAUUAAAGAUACAAUAAAAGGGAAAAGCAGAGAGAAUAAAUUGUACGAGAAAAAAAGAAAAUAGGAGAAAGCAAGAAUAAAUGACGAAUUGAAUCGCGAGUCGCGUUUUUUUUCUAUUUUAUUUUUAUUCUUUUAUUCCUUUUCAACGAACAACCACAAUUCUUUCUCACCCCCAAUUCAGCAAUAGCUAUGUCGGCUUCGGCAUCAACACCUCGGAGUCGAAGUCCCCAGACCGCAUUGAGUUCACGCUCCUCCUCGUCUUCCGACCACACCGCCGUUGCACAUAUUGAUAGGCCCACGUCAAUACAUAGCAAUUGUCCAUGCGAAAAAUGCGACAACAUUAAUAACGAAAGGGGUGUUACGCGAAUUGAUGUUCCAUUAAUAGCGAUACCGCGACUAUUCAAUGCGCUAUUAGGCUUCGCUACCGUUAUCCGCGUUCAUACCACAAUUGAUGCUGGCUGGUGGCCAUGGGAACAUAAGGUCCUGUUCUCGCUAUGCUGGGUUACCCUGUUCUGGAACCUGGCCCACGCCAUAUGUAGCAUUCUUGGAUAUGCCUACUGGCCAUCGCCGCGGCGGACCGUUGGUCUGCCGCCUAUCAGCGUAACCAUCAAUGGCAAGACUCUUGUUUCCUUCGGGGGUCCCGACGAGGAGGAUGGCCCGCGGAGGAGAAGAACCAAGCGCAUUCAAUUCAGCAUUAUUGAUAUGUUUCUUGCCAUCCCAACCCUUGGAUUCCUAAUUUACUCGGCGCACAUCAUGUAUCCGUGGUGGGGAUCCAGAUACGUUGGUCUAUGGCCACCAACAAUAGGCCUCAUCGCCUCACUUGUUUCCUUCGAAUUCAUCACAGCUUUCUUCCAGCUAUUCCAGUUCUUCGAAGCCAAGGUCAUUGGGAUUCAACUAACGAUGCAAGACAUUUAUGAGAAGGACGAUCCCGUGGGACGAUUACAAUUAUAAGGAGUAAUUGGGACAACAACAAUGUAUGUGCGCAUGCAUGCAUGCGAGCGAGCGAGCAUCAAGUCAUUUAUUCUCUUCUUACUUAAAAGCAAAAAAAAAAAAAAGGGACAAGCCAAAACUUGAAAGCGCCAUAAGCUCAGGCGAAAAAGGGGCGGUUCCAAAUACAAUCGUUUUUUGUAAUAACCAUUUCUAGCAUGGGGUGUUUUACAUACUGUUUAUACUUUUUUGAGAGAUACCAACCCGAAAAUAACUAGGCAGGCAGGCAGGCAAGUAGGCAAGUAGGCAAAGCAACGGGUCAGGGCGAGGGCGAGGAUGGGGACGAGGGUGAGGAUAGUGGAGGCGACGGAGGCGGCGACAUCGAGCAUUUUAUGGGCAUCGCGCAAUACCACCACGUACGUACAUAGUCAACCGGCAUGAGCCAUGAUGAUACCACACAAUGGAACAGAAAUGCAUUAUCUCGCGACGCAAAUUACGUUUGUCAUGGCCCUACCAGGAAUUAAUGAUAUACCUAUUU